UUUUUAACCAGGAAUCUGAACAACCCAGAACAGACUACUUUAUCCGCUCACUCACAGUGGAGUUUGAGAACGAGAGCCGUAAACUGACCCAGUUCCACUACAUCAACUGGCCGGACCACGACGUGCCGUCGUCCUUCGACUCCAUUCUGGACAUGAUCGGACGCAUGCGCGAGCACCAGCAGCACGACCCCACGCCCAUUUGCGUCCACUGCAGUGCGGGUUGUGGUAGGACUGGAGCCAUAUGUGCUAUUGACUACACCUGGAACCUACUGAAAGCUGGAAAGAUUCCAGAAGACUUCAACGUGUUCCGGCUCAUUCAGGAGAUGCGGACGCAAAGGCACUCAGCAGUGCAGACCAAGGAGCAGUACGAGCUGGUCCACCGGGCGAUCGCCCAGCUGUUUGAGAAGCAGCUGCUGGUCCUGGAGAGUCCAAGUGCUGACAUCACAGACGGCCUGGACGAGAGUCCAGACAAACCUGCAGCUCACACCAGCUCCGAUGAGGAGCGCUGGGACACACCGCCCCCUAAACCACCCCGCAUACGCAGUGGCCAGACAGAGGGGGACGUGCGCGAGGAGAUCCUGCAGCCGCCCGAGCCACGUCCAGUCCCGCCGAUCCUGACGCCAUCGCCUCCGUCCGCCUUCCCCACCGUCACCAACGUCUCCUCCGCCAACGACCGCUACCACCCCAAGCCCGUGCUGCACGUGCUCGCCACCGGCCAAUCACAGAGCCCCGAGGAGGAGCGGAGGGCGGAGCCAGACCAGGCAGAGCCCACUAGCCCCUCCCCCGAGUGCGGCCGCGUGGAGCGCAAGCUGAGCAUCGAGAUCAAGAAGGUUCCGCUGCAGGAGGGCCCGGUCAGCUUUGCGCCGGCCGCCCUGGGGUCAGGGGUCAGCGCUGGGGGCGUGCUGCAGAGAAGCCACGCCUUCAAGGCACGGGGCUCCUCCCCUGGCAACAGCAGCCCUGCCCCUAGCAACAACACCUCCAGCUCCACCCUGUCGGAGGACGAUGGUCCCGCCCCUCCGCGCCCAAACCACCUCCCAUUGGUGGAGAGGGAGAAGGGGGGACAUGCCCCCUGGGCACAGUCUAGCCCCACCCCUGAGCAAACACACACACUCUCCAACACACACACACACACACACCCCGUGGCCUUGAGCUUCACCAACCCCCUGCACUCCGCCCACUCAGACACCGAGGCCGACGCCUCCUCCCCGCCCCACUCCGCUGUCUCCACGGCAACCGGCUCUGUGUCGCCCGCCCCGCCAGGUGAUGCACGCCGGGUCAACUCCCUCUCUAUCGCCGGCCAAUCAGCAACCACGCAAUCAAACAGUGACCCGAGCGAGGAGUCGCCCCCUCCUCUCCCAGAGCGGACCCCCGCAUCCUUCCUCUUGCCCUCAGACCCCACAGAGCCGUUGGGAUCUUCUGGUUUGGCUCUAUGGAGAAGCAGCCCAACUGACCAACACACACGCCACAGUCCUGAGGGGGCGACCAGUAAACAGUCUAAAGCAGUCACUGAUGCGGGUGCUAAGAAAGCUUUGUCGGCAGAGGCAUCAUCAAGCCCCUGCGAAUCAGCAGAAGGGCCAGAGCCUAGCCCAGUGAUUGGAUUCGGACGCCGCUGCACACAGCCCAGAGGCCCUCGGGACCCCCCCUCAGCCUGGACAUGAUGGACCAAGACCCCCCUGGCAACGACCCCUCACCCCCGGCAUCAACACCUCCAACUCCAACACACACACACACACCUUCUCCUCUUUAAGUAUCACUAAAACUGAGGGGGGAGUGGGGCAAAACUCCCCACCACACACACACACACACACACACAAGCCCAGAAUCCCAAAUCUCCAGCGAACACAAUCUCCAACUGCAGCAGCGCUAAUCUCCCUCGGUGCCCUGGGCAUCUUCCUGCUGUCGGCACGGUGUUUGCCGGGUUGCGGUGUGCUGUUGCUAUGGCGAACUGGGACCAGAACCAGACCUACAGCGGGAUCAGGUCUAGAGCAGACUCAUGGACA